AUGCUCCCUCUUGCCCUCGCCCUCCUCCCUGCCCUCCCCCUCGCACUCGCCGCUUCCGCCCCCGAUCCACUCCGCGUCCCCCUCACCUCUUUCCACUCUCGCCAGUACUCGGAAGAUCUAUCGGAACGCCAGUCUUGGCUGCUCGGUCAGGCCAAGUCUCUUCGGACAAAAUAUGCCCCUCAUCUCGACGAACGGGGCCAGGAGCUGUUGAGGAGAGAUAGGUUAGAGGCCAGUGUCAAGCGGAAUCAGCGUGAACUGGGACGACGGUCGACGGGCAGUGUUUCGUUGACAGACGUCGGUCUUGAUGCUUCUUAUGCCGGAACCGUAUCCAUUGGCACACCGUCUCAAGAUUUCCUCGUCAUCAUGGACACUGGAUCCUCAGACCUCUGGGUCGCCGGAUCAACAUGUACCGCCGACUUUUGUACCCAGACCACCACUUUCGACACUAGCAACUCGUCCACCUUUUCGACAUCAAACGAGGCGUUCAACAUCACCUACGGGUCCGGCGACGCCGAUGGCGAACUUGCAACGGACACUGUGUCCAUGGGUGGCUUCUCGGUCACUGAUCAGACUUUCGGCGUUGUCACUUCAACCUCGGCCGAUCUUAUCAGCUCUCCUCUCUCAGGUCUGAUGGGCUUGGCCUUCAAGUCUAUCGCCUCCUCCGGUGCCACGCCGUGCUGGCAGUCUCUUGCCUCCGGGGGCUCAUGGGAUUCCGCUGAGUUCGGCGUGUACCUCAAUAGGUACCGAGGAGACAGCAGUGCUAGUGAGAUCGAGAGUGAUGGUGGCGAGAUUCUCUUUGGCGGUACCGACUCUUCCAAGUACAACGGCUCCUUCAACUACAUCUCGAUCGAUGAGGCAGACGAAGACUACUGGAGGAUUCCGCUCGAGGCGUUGACUGUGCAGGGCAGCGAUGUUACCAUUACUUCUUCUACUAGCAGCGGCUCUUCGCCUCAGUGUGCCAUUGACACUGGUACAACCCUGAUUGGUGUGCCUUCUACUGUCGCGGAAGCCAUCUAUGCGGAGAUUGAUGGCGCGGAGGCUUUGUCGGCUUCGUCUGGCUAUUCUGGGUACUACCAAUACCCUUGUUCUACCACCGUAUCGGUUUCCCUCCAGUACGGCGGGCUCUCUUACAGCAUCUCCGAUGCGGACAUGAACUUGGGCUCUUUCACCAGUGACACCUCAAUGUGCACUGGUGCCUUCUUUGCCAUGGACUUGUCUGCAUCAUCCCCUGUCCAGUGGAUCGUCGGUGCUUCCUUCAUGAAGAACGUCUACACCACCUUCCGAUACGACCCCACGUCCAUCGGUUUCGCUGAGCUUACGGGCGGCACCUCCGUGUCUACCGGUAACUCUUCGGCCACUACGACCUCUGGUGGAAGCUCAUCAGGCUCUGGCUCUGGAUCAGGUAAAAGCUCCAGCAGUGCUGCCACGAAGAACAGCGUCCAAUGGUGCUUUGCUGCUUUGGGGGUGCUCGGCGCGUACGUGAUGCUCUAA